CCAGGUUGGUCUUGUGAUCCUCUUGCCUCUGACUCAUGAGUAGCUAGGAUUAUAGGCAUGUGCCACUGUUCCUGGCUGAAGUUUGUUGACAGUGUCAUUCUUGUUUUUGUCCACAAGUUUUAAUGCCUUGAAAACUUUUUAUACAGUGGGGAAAAUGGCUAGGUUUUUGGUUAUGGAUAAAUUCAGAUUUAAUAGGAAAUGUUGCUGGAGCACGUGUAAUAACUGUCUGACCUUUCCUAAGUAUUUAUUCUUGCAAUUUGUCAAUGCUUCCAAUUAUCUAAUUAAUUUUUUCAUCUAUUGUCAUACAGACUCUCCAAUGGUCAUAUAUUACUUUACAUAGUCAUGUUCUGCAUAAUGACAUUUCAGCCAACAACGGACCCUGUGUAGGACAGUAGUCACCAGCAGCCUCCUACAGCUGGUGGUUUACUGCAUCUUUUGAUUGUUCUCAAUUUAAUUUUAUGCUAUUGUGUUCAUCAUGGCUCCUACUCACACAAAAUCCACUGCUAAAGUUGCCAGUAAGAGGCCACAUCGAGUGAUUGACCUAGAAACAAAAUUAAAAUUGAUUAAGGACUAUGAAGGUGGAAAAUCAGUAAUGGUUAUUGCUCGCCAAUCAGGGAUGUCCCAUUCCACCAUAGCUACAAUCUUGAAGAACAAGAACAAAGUGACAGAAGCUCUUAAAGGAUCUGCCUCAUUGAAGGCCACCAGACUAACAAAAAUUCGAGAAGGGCCCAUAUCAGAUAUGGAGAAACUUCUAAUGACCUGGAUUGAAGAUCAGACACGGAAGCGGGUCCCUCUCAGUACUAUGAUGAUUACAGCUAAAGCCAAAAGUUUGUUUGCAAUGUUGAAGGAAAAGGCUGGACCUAACUAUAAUGUUGAAUUCACUGCCAGCUCUGGGUGGUUCAAGCGAUUCAAGAAUCGCUAUUCAUUACAUAAUGUGAAAGGGAGUGCUGAUGUCACCAAGGAAUGUAUGAAUGGCAUCUGGAAGAAGACACUCAAGAGGUUUGUCCAUGAUUUCAAAGGAUUUGCUCAGGAAGAGGAAGGUGCAAACAUGGACAAGGCUGUGGUUGAGAUGGCCAACAACUUUACUCUGAGUAUGGAGGAGGAUGACAUGGAGGAUGACAUGGAGCUCCUGGAGGUGGUUCCUGAGGAACUUACCAGUGAGGAGUCGUUGGACCAGGAGCGCAAAGCCCAAGAAAAAGCAAGAGAAAAGGAAACUGCAAAAGAAGAGAAAGAACUUCCAAGAAAAUUCACAGUGUCGGGUCUAGCAGAAGCUUUUACAGACCUCAACAAGCUCCUUAAAAAGUUUGAAAGCAUGAACCCCAACCCUGAAAGGUUUUCAUUAAUAGAGAAGAAUGUUCAUGGUGCAUUAUCUGUGUACAAACAGAUCUAUGAGGCAAAAAGGAAGCAAACCACCACAGACAUAUUUCUGCGAAGAGUAACACCUCAAGAGCCUCAGGCAGGUCCCUCAGGAGGCAUUGUCAUCAUAGGAGAUGAUGGCACUAUGCGCAUUAUUGCCCCUGAGGACCUACCAGUGGACCAUGUCAGAGAGAGGGAAGUCAGUGAUAUUGAUGGUCCUGAUCUUGUGUAGGCCUAGGCUCAUUCGUAUGUUCAUGUCAUAGUGUUUUAACAAAAAGCUAAGAAGUUUAAGAAAAAUUAAAAAUCAAAAAAAGCUUCUAGAAUAAGGAUAUAAAGAAAAGAUUUUUAUACAGCUGUGUAAUGUGUCGAUUUUAAGCUGUUAUUACAAGAGUCAAAGGUUUAACAUCUUAAAAAGUUGAUAAAGUGAAAAAAAAGUCUGAUAAGGUUAAUUUGUUAUGGAAGAAUGGAAAAAUUAUAUAUUUUAAUAAUCUGGAAUAACCUAAGUGUACAGUGUUGAUAAAGCCUACAGCAGUGUACAGGAAUGUCUGCAGCCUCCACAUUUACCCUUCACUCGCUGAUAACCAGAGAAACGUCCAGUCCUGCAAGCUCCAUUCAUGAUCUCUCGGGACUCACUGGGCUUUGAAGGCUGAACUUCAGCUGGAAGGAGAGAACUUUGCUGGAUCCUUCCCACAACACUCUCUACCAAGAUGCAGUGCUGGCAGCCCUCAGGAACCUGGCCUUUGAAGGACUCAGUGACCUUUGAGGAUGUGGUCGUGAACUUCACUGUAGAUGAAUGGGCUAUGUUGGAUCAUGCCCAGCGGGAACUCUACAGAGAUGUUGUCGGGGAAAUCUUUAUGAGCUUGGCCUUUAUAGGGGAAAAAUGGGACCAGAACAUUGAAGAUUGGUAUAGAAAUCAGGGGAGAAAUUUAAGUAAACAUAUUAUAGAGAGACUCAGAGAAAGUGAAGAAAAUAGUCAAUGUGGAGAAAUCUUCACCCAGAUUCCAGAUCAUAAUCUGACCAAGAAAAUCCCAACUGGAGUAAAAUUACAUGAAUGUAGUGUGUGUGGGAUAGUCUUUAUGCCUCGUGCAUCCCUUAACAGUCCAAUCGGAUCCCACACUGGACAGGAAUUGUUUGAAUAUCAGGACUAUGAAGGAAAGCCAUAUAAGUGUAAGCAGUGUGAGAAAGCCUCAAGUUACUAUUGCUCUUUGCAAAUUGAUGACAGCAGUCAUGCUGGAGAGAAACCUUAUGAGUGUCAGGAGCAGGAGAAAACCUUCAUUUCCCUCACUAGCCUCGGAGGAUAUGUGAUAACACAUGCUGGAGGUGGACCACAUAAAUGCAGCAUGUGUGGAAAAGGCUUCCAGUAUCCCAGUUCACUUAGAGUACAUGAACGGACUCACACUGGAGAGAAGCCAUAUCAGUGUAAACAGUGUGGGAAAGCCUUCAGCUGCUUGGCUUCAGUUCGAAGACAUCAAAGAACUCACACUGGAGAGAAACCCUAUAAAUGUAAAGAGUGUGGGAAGGCUUUUAGUUCACUCUCAGGCCUUCAAGGACACAUGAUAAGGCACACUGGAGGUGGACCUUAUAAAUGUAAGGAAUGUGGAAAAGCCUUCAACUCUCCUAGUGCACUUAGAAAACAUGAAAGAACUCACACUGGAGAGAAACCUUAUCCAUGUAAACAUUGUGGCAAAGCCUUCAUUUGUUCAACUUCAGUUCGAAAACAUGAAAGGAGUCACACAGGAGAAAAACCCUAUGAAUGUAAGCAGUGUGGGAAAGCCUACAUUUCUCUCUCAGGCCUUCAAGGACACAUGAUAAGACACACUGGAGUUGGUCCUUAUAAAUGUAAAUUUUGUGGGAAAGCCUUUGGCUUUCCCAGUGCAGUUCUAAGGCAUGAAAGUGCUCAUGUUGUUUAGAGUUCUGUGACUAAAGAGUGUGGGGAAGCCUUUAUUUCUUCUUCAGACAUUUCAGGACAAGUAAUCGCAUACACUGGAUGAUACUAUAAAUUAAAUGUAAGGUAUUCAAGAAAACCUUUUCUGUCCUAGUUCACUUUCCUAGUACAGAAAGGAAUUUGCACUGGAGAGAAACCCUGUGUGUGUAAUGAAUGUGGGAUAGCCUCAGACCUUCAAAAGCUUAUUUGGAAUGCAUGCAAGGGCUUAUAUUGGAGAAGAAUUCUUUGAAUAAAAAGCAAAGUAAAAUCUUCAGUUUUCCCAGUUCCUUUGAAAACAUGGCAAAAAUUUAUGGUGAAGUCUUUAGUUUUACUUUCUGAUAUAUGUAAGAGCUCAUACUGGAGAGCAACCUUAUGAAGGGAAUAAAUGUGGGAAAGCAUAUUUUUAACUGUCACACUUAUGGAAGAGAGAAACCAGUGUGGAAAAACUUUUAUUCAUUGCACAAACUUCAGCAUAUGAGAGAAUGCAUAAUGGUGAAAUACCUUAUGAAUGCCAGGGUGUUAGAAUCCCUCCAUCCUUCCAGUUCAGUUCAAAGGCAUAUAUAAGUGUUGUAGAAAAGCCUCCAAUUGUCCCACAUUCUGACCAAAAUAUGUAGGAAUACAGAAUGAAUUCAAACUGUUCAAGGUAGUAUUUCAGUGUGAAUCCAAAGCUUGUCUGGUUCUUUGAAAACAAAUUUUUUCCCCCUUAGGUUUUUUACACUGAGAUAAUAUUGUAUUUAAAGAUAAUAUUUCAAUGUAAUAUUAAAGAAAUAUUCAAAAUAUAUACAGUGAAUUGAAAUCCUAUUAUUUUUUAAAAUAACAAAAAAAUCAAUUUAACAAAUAUUUUGAGUCCUGUGAAAAUCCUAUAAAGAUAAUAUGGAAAGCUCAAGUGGAAGUUAGUUUUGUGUGUAAUGCUGAAGAAGAUUCCCAGCAUUGAAGAAAUAUUGUAAAAAUGGUAAAGGUAUUUAUUAUUUUAUCACUUUCCCACAUUUAUCAUUAAAGUGGAUCUGUGUACCAUGGACUUCUACUCCUUUUGCAAAUUAGCACAGGAGUGAGAUCAUUCUGUAAGUACCUGUAAAUAAUGAGUUUAACAGGUAAUGUUUUUAUUUUUAAGUCAGCUAAUUUUUUUUUUUUUUUUUGCCAUUUGGAACCAUGCUGGUUCUGUGUAUGAAUCUGAUGUGUAUUUCUUAUUUGCAGGUUGUCUUCAUUAUUACACAGUUUAAUUUUCUGUGAUUAAUAGGCCAGUGAAAAUGAGUUUAAUUCUUGAAAUUUUUCUACUGGUUUCUUUUACCUAUUUUAUAUAUUCCAGCUUUCUUAUGGGAAAUGCUAAUUUUAAAAAAAUUGGGACAAAAACAGCUUUAUUCAGUUUUCCUUGUUAAUAAAUAGUUGUCAUCAAUCUAUAA